AUGGCUAUAGCCGUGCUGAAUGCUUUGGAUACUGCUAAAACACAAUGGUACCACAUGACCGCCAUUGUCAUUGCCGGAAUGGGCUUUUUCACCGACGCCUAUGACCUAUUCGUCAUAACCACCGUUUCGAAACUCCUCGGCCGCCUCUACUAUUACGACCCCAGCACAGGAAAGCCGGGAAAGCUCCCGGUAAGCGUCAACAACUUGGUCACCGGAGUUGCCCUAGUUGGAACCCUAUCCGGCCAACUAUUCUUUGGCUACCUCGGAGACAAGCUUGGCCGCAAGAAAGUGUACGGCAUCACCUUGAUCAUGAUGGUCGUCUGCGCCAUUUGCUCCGGCCUGUCCUUCGGGUCUACAUCGGGUUCUGUGAUGACAACCCUUUGUUUCUUUAGGUUUUGGCUUGGUUUCGGCAUCGGCGGAGAUUAUCCCCUCUCCGCCACCAUCAUGUCUGAAUAUGCCAACAAAAAAACACGUGGCGCUUUUAUAGCGGCGGUGUUUGCCAUGCAAGGAGUAGGGAUCAUCUUUGCAGGGUUGGUUUCCAUGACACUCUCGGCAAUCUUCCUCCACUAUUACGACACUCCUGGAUUCAACAAAAACCCUGCCGAGUAUUCCGAUGUGUUCUCCACCCAACCGGAGGCCGAUUAUCUGUGGAGGAUUGUCCUCAUGAUCGGAGCUUUGCCGGCUAUCGUGACGUUUUACUGGCGGAUGAAAAUGCCCGAAACGGCUCGUUACACGGCGUUGAUCGAAGGAAACGCCAAGCAAGCCGCGAGUGACAUGGGUAGUGUUUUAGAGAUUGAAAUUCAAGCUGAGCAGGACAAGGUGGCGCAGUUCAAAGCUGCAAACGAGUACUCUUUGCUCUCAAAAGAGUUUUUCCGGCGACACGGGAAGCAUCUCAUCGGAACAACGACGACUUGGUUCUUGCUAGACAUUGCAUUCUACAGCCAAAACCUUACUCAGAAGGACAUUUUCCAAAAUAUGGGUCUCACUGAGAAACCACAAUUUGUCAAUGCUCUUAGAGAAGUCUUCCAAACCUCCAGGGCCAUGUUUAUAGUUGCAAUGUUCGGGACCUUCCCUGGUUACUGGUUCACUGUCUUCCUCAUCGAGAGACUCGGCCGGUUCAAAAUCCAACUCGUCGGGUUUUUCAUGAUGUCCUUCUUCAUGUUCAUCAUAGGGUUCAAAUAUAUUGAACUCAGGACUCACAAGUACACGUUUGCCACUCUAUACGGUUUGACAUUCUUCUUCGCCAACUUUGGCCCCAACAGCACCACGUUUGUGCUUCCGGCCGAGUUGUUCCCGACCCGUGUGAGAUCCACGUGUCACGCGAUUAGCGCGGCGUGCGGGAAGGCCGGUGCGAUGGUUGGUGCAUUUGGGGUGCAAACCUAUACUUUGGAUUCCGACCCCAACAAAAUUAAGAAGGCUAUGUUGUUCUUGGCAUUUACCAACAUGUUAGGGUUUUGCUUCACGUUUUUGGUCACCGAGACCAAAGGUAGGUCCUUGGAGGAGAUCUCUGGUGAGGAUGGCGGCAAUGGUAGCAAUGGUACCGGAGGCAAAAAUGAAACACAGAUGACCGCUACACCAGUCACCAGCUAG